UGCAGCAGCAUCGGUGUCCGGUCAGCGGUAAAAGUAGAGGAGAGCCACGGAAGAAACACGGAGCGCUUGUUCGUCCCCCCGGGUCAGCACCGCAGGGAGGAGACACGCAGGGGAGGAAAGAUUCCCCUAAACGCAGUGAGAGCGUCGGAUGAGGAGAAGAGGAGAGCGGAGGGCAUCGGAUAGGCAACAACAAGGAUGGCAGCUCCAGACUUAUUGGACCCUAAAUCCGCCACUCACAACACCAAGCCCCGCCUCUCCUUCUCCACAAAGCCAAUCACACUGACUCCCCGGGAGGAGAGUGAGGUGAGAGAAAAAACAGAGAAGUCCAGAUUUUUAAAAGUGGUUGCCACAGUGAUGAAAUGGAAGACGGUGACGGCCAUCUUUCUCUUGGUGGUCCUGUACCUGGUGAUGGGGGCAGCAGUCUUCAGAUCCCUGGAGCAGCCUCACGAGAGUGCCCAGCGUUUGGCCAUUCUCACCCAGAAGCUGGAGUUCCUGUCCACACACUCCUGUGUCAACCAGAGCCAGCUGGAGGAGCUGGUUAAGCAAGUGGUGUCUGCCAUCCGCUCAGGAGUGAACCCAGCAGGGACGCUGACCAAUCACAGCAGCCUGUGGGACCUAGGCUCCGCCUUCUUCUUUGCUGGGACUGUCAUUACAACCAUCGGUUUUGGGAACACCUCUCCCCACACAGAAGGAGGAAGGAUCUUCUGCAUCAUCUACGCCUUGUUAGGGAUUCCUCUGUUCGGCUUCCUCCUGGCUGGUGUAGGAGAUCAGCUCGGCACCAUAUUCGGCAAGGGCAUCGCCAGAGUGGAGAAAAUGUUUGUGCACUGGGACAUCAGUCAGACAAAGAUCCGGGUCAUCUCCACCCUGCUGUUCGUGCUGUUCGGCUGUCUUCUGUUUGUGGCGCUCCCAGCCGCCAUCUUUAAACACAUCGAGGGCUGGUCUGCGCUGGAAUCCCUUUACUUUGUGGUCAUCACGCUGACUACCAUAGGAUUUGGAGACUUUGUGGCAGGUGGUUCAGAAAUAGAGUACUUAGAUUACUAUAAACCAGUUGUAUGGUUCUGGAUUCUGGUGGGACUCGCCUACUUUGCUGCCAUCCUCAGCAUGAUAGGAGACUGGCUCAGAGUCAUUUCUAAGAAGACCAAAGAAGAGGUUGGGGAGAUCCGAGCUCACGCUGCAGAGUGGACGGCUAACGUCUCUGCAGAGUUCAAGGAAACACGGCGGCGUGUGAGCGUGGACAUCUACGAUAAGUUCCAGCGUGCCACUUCAAUUAAACGCAAACUGUCCACUGAUCUGGGAUUCAACCCCGGCCCUGAGCUCACCCUGCCCAGGAGGACCGUGUCCGUCAACUUCAACGAUGAGCGGAGCGAGAGGGAGGCUGGGCUGCAGGGCCUGACCACUCCUCUGGCUCGAAACGGCAGCUUGUUCAUGAACGGUUUGGACCCUGAGCGAGGAGAUAUCAUUGACCACUUCAAGUAGAAAACCUGUUAUUCAUCAUUGGUGGCCUCAGUGAGGAGAAAGAAGUGUUUGCGUUCACAAAAACAAGUAGAAAAUGAGAAUGUGAUACUUUGUGACCCCAGAUGGGACAUGUUCACCCCACUGCAGGAAUGUAAGCCUUGCUAAAGAUCAUUUGUGGAUACAGCGGGACACUUUUCACCGCCAGUGAAACAAAGAGCAAGAUGGAGGACAUACUGAACAGUUGAUCUGGUUGGAAUCAACAUUAAGUGAGUGUCUGUCAACUUAAUCCCACAUCUUGGAAUUAAGCAGAGUUGCCCAUUGAUGACAAUUGAAAAACUACAGGAUAAAAUAAAUGAAAAUGUCCAACAUACUGCAUAUACUAAAUAACAGUAUUGAAGGCCCUAAGAUUUCAAUGGUGCCUGUAUGUGUCCAAUAUUUUACAAUUAAGGAUAUAUUUUAACUACAGAGCUUUAAACUACGAAAUAUUUGUUUGGGGGAAUUUUCGUAGUGAAGAUGCAAACAGUAAAAAGAUGCAGAGACUGAGAAUCAGAAAAUCAGACCAAAAAAAAACAAUGACAGACUCUGGUGGUCAGAGGCCGAUUUGGGAUAAACGACUGCAGAAUAUAAAGAUGUUGAGAGAAGGGUAGUACAAUCAGCAAUACUAAACAACUUCAUAGACGGAAGAUUGUGUUGCUAAGCAAGCUAUAUACUCUAGCUUCUAUUGGAGCUGCAUUUAUCUGACUUUGAAAAUGAAAAGUCCUGACCCAAAUAUAUAACUUUUAAGGGGCCCUAUUAUGCUAACUUUCAGGUUUAUACUUGUAUUUUGUGCAUCUACUUGGACAUGUUUCCAUGCUUUAAUGUUGAAUAUGGUCUUUAUUUUUCUCAUACUGCCUGUGCUGCAGCACCUCUCUUCACCCUCUGUCUGAAACCAGAGCCCAGUCUGCUCUGAUUGGUUAGCUGGUCGGCACUAUUGUGAUUGGUCAACCGCUUAGAGAUGUCCCACCCCUUAGCCUAUCACCUGCAAUGUGUUGGAGCACUGACCAAUAGAAGUACUGAUGUCACUAUGUUACAGCAGUAAGCUAAGGACUACAACGGAGAAUAAUUAGUGGGGUUGACUGCUGUGACUUCCACAUCACUUUUUUAGGUUUCGAUCUUAUCAUAUUGGAUUUGAUUACAGUCAACACUGGAUUUAUUCCAGUAAAAAAUGUCCACCAACUCUUCUUAGUUUUAGUUAAAAGGAUAAAGGUGGAUGAGGUUCAAAGUGGUCUCUCUGAUUCUGGAAGUACUUUUUGAAAGAAAUCAAAUCACUUAAUGUCUGAGAUUUGUCAAACAAUUGCUGUGCCUUAAACUCUUCAUUUUGCCAAAACAAGGACAAGUGCAACCCAUUGUAAGGGGUUGUUCUUACUUAUUCAUACAUGUAACAAUUAUAAGUAUUUAAACUGAGAAAAUAAGGUGUUUCAUAAGGCCAGUGCUAAUGGUGUUUAUGUAGUCCAACAAAACCAAAUCCGUUGCUGUAACAAUUUUACAGGCCUGGAUCCAUGCGUGCCUAUAUGCAUGGAAUCAUUUGUGUUUUCUCUAAAAAUAUUUUUAUUUAAACAGCUCUUUUGGUUAAUAUUAUGAGGAACUGUUGGCCUCUUGUUAUUGCUAUUCGUACAAACGUUUUCAGUUCACUCUCUGUUGACCCACCCAAAGCUGCUGUACACACACACACACACACACACUUUUUUUAUCUCUUGAUAAUAUAAUGAGUGGGUAAAUACAAAAACAACGAAGUGGACAGUAUCAUUUU